CCACAAACCCAUCAAUGGCGAACUCAGCACACUGCUUAGUAGUCCCAUUUCCAGCACAAGGCCACAUCAACCCAAUCCUCCAAUUCUCCAAGCGCCUAAUCCCCAAAGGCAUUCGCAUCACCCUCGCCUUCACCCGCUUCAUCUCCGCCACCAUCACCUCCGCCGCCCCACCGGACAUCCGCAUCGCCACCAUUUCCGACGGCUACGACGAUGGCGGGGUGGAGGCGGCGAACUUCGGAGCCUACACGGACACUUUCCGGCAAGUCGGAACCCUGACCCUCACCCAACUCAUUCAGAAACAGAGUGAUGCAGGGGACUCUGUUCACUGCGUCGUAUACGAUUCUUGCCUCCCCUGGUGCCUCGACGUCGCCAAGAGCUUCGGGCUCAUGGCAGCUCCUUUCUUCACCCAAUCCUGUGCGGUCGAUUCCAUCUACAACCAUGUCCGUGACGGAUUGAUCGAAAGCACUCCUCUUCCUUGGCUGCCGCCGUUGGAGACUCGUGACUUGCCCUCUUUCGUCAACGAUACAGGGGAUAACCCUGGCGUUUUGGAGAUGUUCAAGGGACAGUUCUCUAAUCUUGAUAAGGCAGAUUGGGUCAUCUGCAAUACAGUAUACGAGCUGGAACAACAGGCUGUAGAUUGGCUAACAAGGAGAUGGCCUAACUUCAUAACGGUGGGACCAGCGAUACCAUCAAUGUACCUAGACAAGCAAUUCCCCAACGACACAGACUACGGAUUCAGCAUCUUCAAGCCGAUGAACGAAAUCUGCAUGAAUUGGCUAGGUGACAAGCCAAAAGGGUCAGUCGUGUACGUGUCCUUCGGAAGCUUGGCCGAUUUAGGAACAGAGCAAUUGAGAGAACUCUGUUUCGGGUUGAAGAACAGCGGCCAUUACUUCUUGUGGGUAGUAAGGGAAUCCGAACAGGCCAAACUUCCAUACGACUUCUCCACAAUGGAGAAAGGACUGAUCGUAUCGUGGUGCCCGCAGCUCCGAGUCCUGGCGAGGGGAGCUGUGGGGUGUUUUCUGACGCACUGUGGGUGGAACUCGACGCUGGAGGCACUGAGCCUGGGUGUGGCCAUGGUGGCAAUGCCACGAUGGUCGGACCAGACUACCAAUGCCAAGUUCAUAGAGGACGAGUGGGGAGUUGGGGUGAGAGCUCGUGAAGGUGGCGGUGACGGGGUGGUGAGGAGGGAGGAGAUAGAGAGGUGUGUGAGGGAAGUGAUGGAGGGAGGGAGAGGGGAAGAGAUUAGAAGAAACGGUGAAAAGUGGAGGAAUCUGGUGAAAGAAGCGGCGGAGGAAGGUGGGAGUUCUGAUAGAAACGUCGGCAGAUUUGCUGCUAGUUUGAUUCAACUUUGAUGGAUGGAUGUGAUCAGUGAAGUUGAGAUGAUAAGUUAGUUUAUUGUAGCAAAAGGACAAAGUGGAAAGAAACGUGAUCCUAUUGAGCCGGCAUUAGUAUAAAAGAGAUAAUGAGCUUUUUGACUGAUAUAAUUCAGUUGUUCAAUGAAGAGAUGGAUGUUCAACUUUGGCUCAAACUUGGCGGCUCUGGUAGUGGUAUUUUCUCUGUGCAUGUCGUGGUUGUGCUGCUAGUUUUAGUUUGUUUGUUUUUUUUAUUGGCAUCCAAGAUUCUUUGGUUCACACCACGUGGCUGUAUGUUAGCAAAUCAUGUCGGAUACAGCUUUCAUUAAAUCGAAGGAAAGAAAUGGGUAUAACUGUAUAAGCAAUCAGCCUAUUACGAUGAAGAAAUGGGAUAUUGGGGG